GUUCCAAAGACAGUCUUUGGGUGGUGUUUAGUGUGGCUGCCUAUGGCACUGAGGCGUAUACAGAGGCUGAGCGUAUUUUCAACCUUUGGGAAAGCGUUGAAGUUCCCCAACAUUUGUUUAAAGCUUUGAUGGGGAUGGAAGAAGAAGUUCGGUGCCAGUAUCUUCGACGAGUUGAGGUACGGCCCGACUUGAAAAAAAUUACGAACAAUCUCAAAACGGAGAAAAAAAAGACUAUUCUGAAACAAGUCUUCUUGGAAAAAACGCAAUGUUCCACUUGGGAAGAAGCGGAAGAGACCUACGAGCCAUAUGUUCACAUGGUAGAUGAUUACCUGGAUUUUAACAUCAAUAGACGAUGCGUUCCUACAGAGUUCGUAAAGUUUUGUGAUGCCGCCAAAGAACAUCGGGCCAUGGAGUCUGUAGAUAUAUCAGUUGACAUCAACUUGACAUCAAGGACUCACCAGGACUUGAUAAACCACAACAGCAUCAAGUCCCUUGUAACAUCUACUAAAAGAAAACUGGAAGACAGAGUCCGGCAGAUCUUGAAGAAAAUUAAACCAGAUGACUGAUUUCUGUCCAAUUUUUUGUGCUUUUUUGCAUAUUAUUUUUUUUUUAUAUGUUGGAGUGUUUUCUAUCGGAGGCGGUAAUUUGGCCGCUCUGUUUUUCCAUCUUUCAUUUAACUUUUGACAUGUAAUUAAAUAUCCCAUGUGACUGACUUAAGAAGUUAAAUGUGUUUUGUAUUAAUUGUUUUGAAUAGUAAUGGUUUCGUCAUUAAACCUGUCAUGUUGUAUAAAUUUUGAAUUCACUUGGUGGCAGUAAAUAUGAAAUUUAUAACAUGACAAACCUAAUAAUAAAACGUCGAAACCUGAGUGAAAGGUUCACAAAUAUAGAAUAAUUAAAUAAAGUCAAUGAGUCUGUGAUGUUCAAGACAUGAAAAAUUGAUAAUUGCACAAUAUUGUUUUAAGAGAUUAGCAGUUCUUGAGACAUGACACUCUGUCUCUCUGAAAUCACUCAGACUCC